GGAGGCUGUGGAGGGGGGGUAGAGAGUGAGUACGUUUCACAGGAUCCAGGCCUAGUAGUAUUGCCGCUGGGACUCUCCUCAUCCGCUUUCAAAAAAUUGGAAAUUGACACAUUUAAACGCCAAAAUGAGCGGGGCGGGGGUCAUUUUUGCGCUGGCCGACAGUGGAAUGGUAAGAUUCUCGCGACACAUCCCGUGUCAUGUGGCGUUUUCUGCGUGAUUUUGCUGUUUGAUGCACAUAGCCUGCAUCUGUCGGAGGGAAGCCCGUGGAAGUGUGUGUGAGUGUGUGUUCGUGAACUUGUUGUGUAUAUCGUGGUCUUUGCAUGUUAUGUAUGUAUGUGUCUUGUCUCUCGUGCAUUCACUGAGCCACUGGAGAGCAGCGAACGACACGACACACACACACUCAUGCAGCUGCACACAGACAUACAGAAACACACAGAUAUAUGUAGAUGCAAACGCGCACACGCCUUUUGGGCACGCUCACGCGCACGAACGGGUCCAUUUUAAUUCGCGUUUUCAGCGCCGGCGCGUGAACGCGGGGUUGAUUUUCUUUUUAUUAAUUAAUUUUUUUCCCCCAACACGACGGGAUGUGAUAAUGUCACCGGGUUUAUUGAUACUGUAGCCAUGCGUGCGAGUUUACAGGCUGACCUUAUCGCGCUUGAUGUCAUUUUCAUCAUAUCGCGAUAACAUUCCUAAAAGGAUUUUGCAGCUCGACGGCGGUGUUUGCGCAGAAUCCCCUCUUACAAUGACACGUUAUUAUUUCGACCUUCCCGUCGUCAGUCUGUUUACGUUUUUUUAUUUUUUGUAUUUUGACACCACGGGGAAGCAGGCUGUGUUGUCUUUUGCGGAUCUCGCCUCUGUGAGCUGUGCCCUUCCUCUGCCACUUUUUUUUUUUUUUUCAAAUAUCUCAUUACCAGCUGCUUGGGAUAACUUCAGAUAAGCUCUUAUGACGUUCAAGUGACUGAAAGAUGUGCAGAAACAAAAUUUUUAAAAAUGGCACAAAUAAAUCAAAGAAAAUGACAGCUUUGAAGAAUCAGAAUGGAUUUUAAUGUACAAGGGAGGAGUCAUGCCAGCAUGAGUGGGCCUUACACAGGCCCAGGAAGGGAGAGUCAGACCAGCUGCCCUUUGACCCCUGGGUGUGACCUCACUGCCCUCUCCUGCCCCUCCAGACGCCAGGAUCACAGGCUUGGGCUAACCAUGUCAGCAGCCACCUCCUCACUCAAACAUGCUUCCUCUAUCUAUGGGUUCACGACGCAAAGGGAACACUCCUCCUCAUCCUCCUCCUCGUCUUCGUACAGUCCUCUCAGGAGGCUCCAGCAUCUCACCACCAUGGUGAGCCAGCCUGACCUGGUCUUGCCGCUGCGGGAGCCAGAGAGGGGCUGGGAGUGGGGGACACAUAAGAAGAAUAGGGAGAAUAUGGAGAGGAACUCCUGGGCUGAUUGCACUAGCAGGGAUCACUCUGGAGCCCAGGUUACAAGCCGAGAGGAAACCGUUGUUAACAUUGCUUCCAAAAAGAAACAACCUGAGGUCCAGGCGGGAAGUAGAGACACACCUGUGCCCAAUUAUACUGAUUCUGUCACUUCAGAGAAAAAGACAGAAGACUGUUUCUCAGGCCCGCCCAGCCCGGCCUUCUCCCUCGACAGCAACAGUCCCUUUGCGAACAACUUACUCCACUUUGAAUCCUCUUUGUUUGAGGAUGACGACAAUGACGUGGAGCGGAGGACCGUGCCACCUGUCAGUGGCAUUCAGGAGAAACGGGAGAAGGUGGGGAAUGUACUUCAGUCCGCCUCUGGAGACGUAAACUUGCACUCCAAAGACUCUUCUCUGACGACAGCCAAAGUCGUCACCCGCUCCCAGUCCUCCGGUCAGCGCAGGAGAUACUGGGAUGGCUCAGAGGACGAGUGGGACAGCGACACCGAGUUACUGCUAUUUGAGGAUAGCCCCUCAAGGCAUUCAAUGCCUCAGAGCAGCCUCAAGAAAAAGUCUUUGCCACCUGUGAAGUUUGUUGAGGGUGAAGUCGUUUGGGCAAAGUUCAGCCGGAGACCAUGGUGGCCCUGCGAGGUGAUUGUUGACCCCGUACAAGGAGUCUAUCACAGAGCGAAAGAGCCCAGCGACCGGCCCUGUCGGCUCUACCAUGUCAGGACGUUUGGGGAGCCCCAGGAGCUGGUUUGGGUGGAGGACAAAUCAACUCAUACUUUCCAUGGAGGCUUUGAAUUUGAACAGCUCCUCCUACUACGGCGGAGGGGGAAACAAAGGGAGCAGAACAGCAAAUACACCAUUGCUAAGCGGUUUAAGGAAUCCUGGAAGUCCAGUGUGGCAGAAGCUGAAUCCAUUCUUCCUGAGAGACCCAAAAUGGCGUCUUCCGUGUCUUUGUCCGUAGCUGAUGCCUUCCAUGAUGCUUCCCCAAUGGAAAGAGAGAAUAAGACCCAUCAAAACUUUCUUCCUGUCACUUCAUCUGUCUCCACCCAUACUGAGAUGUCACACAUGACCAAUGGAUCCAUUCCAUCCCCAGUAAUUACACCCCCUGUUACAACUCCAACAAAGCCAAGCACUUUAAAGAAAUCUUCUGGAAAGAAGAAACAGAAUGAAGCAUCAAGGGAUACAAAAAGUAAACACUCUAAAAAGACAUUGAAUAAUAGUCCUGACAAAUCGGAUAGAGACAAUGAGGAGUGCCCGUACUCUGACCUUGAGUCAGUCCCUAAAAUUUUGUGUCCUAAAGCACUUGAACGUCAGCCUAAGCUAGUUCCGACUCAGCCGUCUGUUGUGGUUGUCAAAGAGGUAAAGAAGCAGCCUGAGAUUCAAAGUGGUCUGUGGUUUAGCAAAUCGAGCAAAGACAGGCGACCUAAAACAACCAGUCCAAUGCCAGACCGCAGUCUCUUCAGUAAGGUCCCCUGUAAGAAAAAGAGCUCAUCUGUUAUUAGUAAAAAGACACCAGCUUCUUGUGCCUCCUCCUCUGUCAGUGCCGCGGCCAACGAGCAGUCAGGUUUGUCGGACAAGCAGAAGACCACUGAAACGAAUCUGCCUCCUGAACAGUCAGGAAAUCUAAAGUGUAAAAACACUGCUGCUGCUAAUGGGCACUUUGGUACAGCUGGUGGUGUGGGUGAGCAGAAGUCUCUAGACUCUGAGGAUAGUGGUUGUUCAAAGGGUAGAAAGUCAGUUGCCAGUUCAGUGGAUACCAUCAGUGGCACAUGUGGCCAGUUAAGUCUUUCAGACAUUAAGAAGUCCUUAGAGGCCACCGUGAAAGAUAAUUUGAGUGAUCUAUCCAGGUUUUCAGAGAGUGCAAAGAUUGUCAGUCAAACUGAACAUUCUGAUGCGACAUCUACUAAAAAACAUUAUACAACUGAAAACAUUGCUGAGGAGGAAAAAGAGAGCGAAAACACUUCAGCAUCCUGUUUACAAGAUAAAACUACGGACCCAUUAGGGUGGCUAGAAACUCAAACCAGUCUGGUCUCUAAAUGUAGGCUACCCUUUGUCAAAUUAAUACGCAAGGACAUAAGAGAUAAGAAGACCUCAAACUCCAAUGCAACUAUUCAUUCCAAAGACCAACCUGGAAGCACAAAGAAAGAGAGAAGAUCGGAUACUAACAUGACUACAUUGUCAUCCAAACAAUCAAACUGGAUGGAUGGUCAGGGAAGAGCCUCAAAAGACGAGGUAGUCGCCACCAAAAUAAAAGUCUCAGUUAAGAAAUUAAAAGCACGCGGCAAGUCAAGUAUGGUUAGUUUCUCAAAAGAAUCAUCACAUGAGAAUGUCAUGACCUCAAAUGUUUCCACUGAGGAGUUGGGUAGCCCAGAAACAGAGAGGAUACCAGUUUCAAAUGGAAGUCUGAGUACUGUGAGUUACUCAUCCUUGAACCAGUCAGAUCAGUGUGAAGGUAAAAAGACACCUGACUCUAAUGUAACAAGCAAGUCCUCUGAACAACUGGCCAGUUCAGACCAAGCAACCACAUCUGUCACAUCACAUAGAACGACCGUUCCACCCUCUCACCAGCGUGCAAGGUUAGCAUGUAGAAGAGCUUAUUUUCCAGGCCGUCCUUCCUCUGAGAAAACCAAGAAACUGGCCUAUAAAUCAAAGCGUAUCCCAGAUGAAGUGAAUAAAGUCAUGCACGAGCAGCCUGCCCACCUCCCGGCCAGCAGUCGACUGAUGACUAGAGCGCUGAAGGCCAUGCAGGAGGCUGAGGAAAAAAAGCGUGAAAAAGUCCAAAUGGAGGCUGAACAGAAACAACCCUUAAAUAAUUUUAGAAAAUCUGAGGACCUCAGCUGCGGUCCCAAGGCCAAAUCGGACUUUUGCACUAGUAAAAAAUCUCCAAAAUCACAUUCUAAUGACGGUGGUGAGUAUGAGCCUGACAGUUUUUCCAGUUGUAGCAGCCCCCAUUUGAUUUUUUCUGAUUCAAAUGACUAUGACACAGAUGUUAAGAGUGAAGAUGAAGACCUCUCAAUUUCCUCAACUCCACCGAUGGACUUUAUACCUCUUACUUCUAAAGCAAAGGCAAAGAAGGAGGAUCGCUCCUCAGAUGCGUGGUUAUCGCAUUCACCGUCUUCACCAUUUUCUUUUAUAAAUGCCUUUAAAAAUGUUGAAGAGGUCUCUUUUCAGUCCCUGACAAAUGAAAGCAAUGGUAAACCCGUUUCUUUCAAGCCGGACACCAACUACAAGUUUAGCACUUUCCUUAUGAUGCUGAAGGACUUGCAUGACACUAGAGAGCGAGACGGUGCGCCCUUAGAACUGGAGAUUGGGCCACCAAGUGCACAUGUUAAGGAAGAGCCUUUAGUGAUGCCAGGGGAGGCUACACCUGCAGGACAAGAUCAACAAUUAGAUUUUGUUCAUAGCAUCUCAAACUCAAGUCCAGAUAAAACCAUAGUCGCACACAAUGAGGAAGGUCCGUAUCAGAUGUCCAAGAGGCCCUAUAACAGACGGGGUAGCUCAUCCAGGUGGAAAAAGAAAGCCAAUCGCAAAGUGCCUUGUCGUCGUGCCAGGUCUGGGCCUGGUUUCCCAGGACUUGAGUCAGGAAUGUCGUCCAUGCCAGCAAAGGACUCUUCAUCAACAGAGGAUUGCUCAUCAAAAAUGCCGGGCAUUUGGGAGCAGCCUGGAGGUGAUGAAGGAGCAGUCGUGGUGACGGAGGAGGAGAGUUGGAGCAGAGUAAAGGAGAAUCUACAGAUCAUGGUGCCUUUGGAGCAGAAGGGGCGUGACACUGCACUGUCUUUGGAAAAGCCUAAUGGGCUUGUGGACUGCACUAAGAAGAAGGGGAGCUUGACGCACAACACUGGAGAAGGUGACAAGGAUCCGACAGCACAUAAACGAAUAAGAAAACCAAGCAAGAGGCUGAUUGAAUGGACUGAAGAGUACGACCAGAUUUUCUCCGUGAGGAAGAAAACAAGAAAGCCUCUCCAGUUGAUUGGAAAGGCCUCUCAACCCAUUACCUCCAUAUCUGAACCCUCGGAGUGUGACAAGAGCAUGCAAGUCCAGCCAUCUUUGAACUUGCUUCCCGAAAUACAGACACCACCUCCUGAGGAAAUCUGUGCAUCGACGCCCUCUGACCUACAAAUUCCCUGCACUGAAAACACAUCUUCACAAGAUGCACCUGUUCUUUCCAUCGACACGUUAACCCCUCCUCCUGAAGCAGAACCUUCGCUGCCAGAAAGCAUCGUCAAAGACAAUGGAAGCGCUCCUGUGCUGGAGAAGAAGCGCAAAAGAAAACCCACUCAGAAGAUCCUGGAAUACUGCCUAGAGGCCGAGGCAUCAACGGGCCUCAAGAAGAAGGUCAAAACACUGAAGACUAAUCCACCUCCAACUCCUCAAUCUGACUGCUCAGCACCAACUCUAAAAUCAAAGGGUAAGCCACUUCCAGCAUCAGAGUCCACACCGGCGACGACCUCUGACCUCUGUACACCCACACCUUUGGUUCAGACCAGCACUCCUGCACCUUCUGCUCCAGAGCAGUCUUCGCCAGAACCCGGACAGGAGGAGACGGCACCAGCCGAUGUUGACGCCCCUCAAUCAGAUGACGGUAAAGCCGAGGACAUCAAAAAGGACGGAGCAGAGUCAGAGGGUGAACCAUCCAGCCUGGACAACAGUUUCUCCUCCAUGAAGGACGACUUGUCACUGUGUGACGACUCACUUUUACCCACGAGGAAGAUCAUAGGGGACCGAGGAGGCCCGGCUUCCAUGAAGGAGAACAUAUGUCAGGUGUGUGAGAAGACCGGGGAGCUGCUGCUCUGUGAGGGUCAGUGUUGUGGCGCUUUCCACCUGCCCUGCAUAUCUCUAGCCGAAGCACCGAAGGGGAAGUUUGUCUGUCCAGAGUGCAAAUCAGGCAUCCACACCUGCUUUGUGUGUAAAAAGCGCGGUGAGGAUGUGCGGCGCUGCAUGAUCCCUGUGUGUGGGAAGUUUUAUCACGGCGAGUGCAUCGCCAACUACGCCCCGACCGUACCGGUGAACAGAGGUUUCCGCUGUUCCAUCCACGUUUGCCUCACCUGCUUCAUCGCUAAUCCCAACAGCUCCAACAUCUCUAAAGGUCGGCUGGUACGCUGCGUGCGCUGCCCGGUCGCCUAUCAUGCUACAGACCUUUGUAUGGCAGCGGGCAGUGUUGUACUCUCCAACAACAGCAUUGUCUGUCCCAACCAUUUCACCCCCCGCCGCGGCGUCAAGAAUCACGAACACGUGAACGUCAGCUGGUGCUUUGUCUGCACUGAAGGGGGCAGCCUGCUCUGCUGUGAGUCCUGUCCUGCUGCAUUUCAUCGGGAGUGUCUGAACAUCGAGAUGCCCAAAGGCAGCUGGUACUGCAACGACUGCAAGGCCGGGAAGAAGCCUCGCUAUAAAGACAUUGUAUGGGUCAAAGUCGGACGCUACAGGUGGUGGCCGGCAGAGGUCAGCCAUCCCAAAACAAUCCCAGAAAACAUCCAGAGAAUGAGGCACGAUGUCGGCGAGUUCCCCGUUCAUUUCUUCGGCUCCAACGACUACCUGUGGACCUACCAGGCCAGAGUCUUCCCUUACAUGGACGUGGACGCCAACAGCAAGGAAAAGAUGGGGAAAGGGGUUGAUGCGACCUACAAAAAAGCUUUGGAGGAGGCGGCUGUGCGGUUCCGUGAGCUGCAGGCGGAGAAGGAGCUUCGGCAGCUUCAAGAGGACAGGAAGAACGACAGGAAGCCUCCUCCAUACAAACACAUUAAGGUUAAUCGACCAAUUGGAAAGGUUCAGAUCUUCACUGCCGACCUCUCAGAGAUCCCCCGCUGUAACUGCAAGAAGACAGAUGAUAGUCCGUGUGGGAUGGACUCCGAGUGUAUUAACCGCAUGCUGCUCUACGAAUGCCAUCCACAGGUUUGCCCGGCGGCCGAGCGGUGCCUCAACCAGGCGUUCACCAAGCGUCAGUACAGCCAAGUAGAGAUCUUUAGGACGCUGUCUCGAGGCUGGGGGCUCCGCUGUGUCCACGACAUUAAGAAGGGUCAGUUUGUGAGUGAGUAUGUCGGAGAGGUGAUCGAUGAGGAGGAGUGCAGGUCGAGGAUCAGACACGCUCAGGACAACAACAUCUGUAAUUUCUACAUGUUAACUCUUGACAAGGAUCGGAUCAUUGAUGCUGGGCCAAAGGGGAACGAGGCACGCUUCAUGAACCACAGCUGUCAGCCAAACUGUGAGACGCAGAAGUGGACAGUGAACGGUGACACCCGGGUGGGACUGUUCGCUCUCAUCGACAUUGCCGCAGGCACAGAGCUCACCUUCAACUACAACCUGGAGUGUUUGGGCAACAGGAAGACGGUGUGUAAAUGUGGAGCAUCAAACUGCAGCGGCUUCUUAGGCCUCAGGCCAAAGAACAACCCCCCGCCUGAUGAUAAAGAUCGCAAGCUGAAGAGGAGAGGUCACGGCAAGAGGAAGAAAAAGGUGGUGUUGACCAAAGAAAGGGAGGACGAGUGUUUCAUCUGCGGAGACGGAGGACAGAUGGUGUCAUGUAAAAAACCUGGAUGUCCCAAGGUUUACCAUGCAGACUGCCUGAACCUCACCAAGAGACCUGCAGGUCGGUGGGAAUGUCCGUGGCACCAGUGUGACAUAUGCGGUAAGGAGGCUGCGUCCUUCUGCGAACUGUGCAUCAGUUCCUACUGCUGCCAGCACCGUGACGGCCUGCUCUUCAUCUCCAAACUGGACGGCAAGCUGUCCUGUAGUGCCCAUGACCCCUGCGGGGAGCCGCUAGAAGCCGGGGAGAUCCGAGAGUACACACCCGAACCCAGAGCCCUCACCUCAGGGCUGGGCAUGGCGGUCAUUCCCUCCUCUGCUACUAACACUACCUGCAACGUAAACUCGACUGCCAGGAGGGCCUGGGACGUAAGCACCGGUGCCGGCAUGUGCGCGUCAGAGUCCUUUCCUGCUUUUUCCAUCCCGGUACCUAUCACUAUUCCCGUCGCAGCUCCUGCAACGUCGCCUCCUCCCAGUAGUUCUGACGCUCCCAGCAGCCCGCACGUGUUCGACCUCCCCCACUACUCGCCCAUCUCCUCAUAUGAGGAGGAGAGGGAUGUCUUAGAGGAAGACCUGUUGGCUGAAGAAGAAGAGGAGGAGGAGCUGGUGGAAGAGGGUGAUGCAGAGAGGCAUAAAUCAGACACUAGUGAAGACGACAGAGAGACGGUAAUGGAGGAGGAGGGGGUCGAAUACCUGGAGCUCAAAGAUGAAGAAGAGGAGGAGGAGGAGGAGGAGGAGGAGGAGGAAGAAGAAGAAGAGGAGUGACGCACAGAGGAUUAUAAUUUACAGAGUCAACAUAGUCACUACAGUGAGGAAGCACAUGGAGGUUACUCAGUUACAGUCACUGUUAAUGUUCAGUAUUCAGUUGGAUGUAUGGAGGGCUUUUAGGAGAAAACUACAUUUAAAAAAAUAAACAAAUUGUGAGGUUUAUAAAUAAAAAAUAUAAUAUAAUAUAAUUUAUGUAUACACUGACACACAUCCAACAAUUUCGCAGUUUAUUUAUGCUUGCAUUACAUGUAGUUUUACCCUGGUAAUCACUCCCUACCUCCAUCCACACACCUGCUACGAGUGCACAAAAACUAUCCGGACCCGGAACAUCAAACAUGAGACUUGGAAACACAUUUCAUCUUCUUUUCUUUUGUUUUCUCACGUGUUUGUUGGAGGUGUAUUUCAGGUGUCCUAUAAAGCUUUGUGCGGUUAGAGGCAGAUGUUUUAUGCUAGAAAAGACUAAGAGAGUCACAGCUGGGCUCGGCUUGUGACUUCUACUGAGUUAAAUCGGGAUUAUGUUUACAUCCGUGCAGUGUGAGGCCGUGUCAGAAACGCGUUGUAUUUGUCUAGAAUUAAACUAGCUGAAGUUCUCUGUGUCCUUUUUAAAGCUUUUCUUUCUAAUCUGAACACUGUUGAAACACCACAACCAACCAGUGGAGUUAAACUCGCCCUUGUGGUCCAGUUGUCGGGAUCUGACUGGACGCACGAUGCUGGCAGCACCUGUCACAAAGGCUCGAGUCAACGUACACGCAGGACUCCAUAACCUGGAAACAUUAAUUGUUGAUUACAAUAAAUCCAGUCUCCUCUCCAUUUCCAGUUCUUCAUGAUGACUCACAUCAAUUAGUUGGUGCUUCAAGAUCCAGGACUAUCGGUGAAGAUAUGACAGGCUGCCUGGAGUAGUCUUAACCAUGCCAACUUUGUCUUUCCUGGUGUUGUUGGGAAAAACAAAAUGCAGUAUAAUGGAAUCAACUGUUUUUUAAUAGAUGUAGAUUUGGUUUGCAGCUACAAAUAGACUCUAGAUUCGACCAUUUCAUGCCAAAAAAAAAAGAUUCACUGUUUGAAAGUUAAAGUGUGAAAGAUUUCAUGCCAUCCUGGGACGUUCAGCUUCACCGUUGUUGGACUGCAGGCUCACGUGGUCCAUCACCUAAUGGUGUGCAACGCGAAAUGAACGCUCAGCCUUGCCCGUGCAGUCGGAAAGCAAAGGUAGCACUCAAUUGGCUCCAGUGUGUGUGCCGUGCUCUGUAGUCAUUAUUUAUUCGCUGUUCUGUGACGCACAAACGGUGACGAGGGAGGGAGAGCGGCGGGGUCGGUGCCCUCCUCCCUCGUUCUUGACCCCCGCACUGCUCGGGGAAACAAAACUCUUUCGCAGGGAGCAAAAACGUUGGAAAUGGCGGACUCCUGUCACCACGCUUGCACUUGGGUAUGUGUUCUUGCCACGUUUCGCUCCGUCUUCAAGCUAAAUAUUGUCUGUGUGUUAUCUGCCAAUGCCUUAGAGUGUAUUUCUUUGGAGAUAUUUUUAAGGAACAAUGUCACCCCUGUGAGAGCCAAGUUUCCCUACUAAUGCCUUUUUACAGUUGCCCAACAAGAAAUGUCUCAUUCCAGUGUAAUUAUGUUAGAUCUCAACCACUGACCUGUCAAAACAACUGCUAUAUAAAUAUAUAAGAAGACAUGAAAUAAGCAU